CAGCUGGAUCGAACCUGCUAAGAGCGCCAGCCUCAUCACAGUUACACAUUGAUUAUGUUGGCUUUUACCGAGGACUGCAUCAAGUCAAACUGAAUCACACCGGAAACGAUACGAUUUUCAACCAAAAAUGACACUUCACAGUCAGUCGACCAAUGGCAGAGAGGAACAUUCAUCAAGAGGCCGUUUUGUUUUGAAAGUCUGAACCGGAUGCUUGGUUUUCAUUCAUUGAUUGUCUGCACACAUGUGAACGCUGCCCUGUUCGGGACGUAACACGCUCCCACUCAGAAGAAGUUUGUUGAGAGGUGUAACUGAGGUGAACUGUACUCGAUUUGUGUUCGUUUGUAUUUCCAAUUAGCCUCCAUCUUAGUUUUCUAUGCACUUUCGCUUUUUGGUAACUAACGUUACCUCAACUAGCAGUCGGUUGGUUGAACCAGGGUGCUGCUGUCAAACUUUCGUUGACAUGGAUUUAAUGCACCAACUGCGGACGGACUGAAAAGUUUGGGAAUUACAAUCUCACUCCAGCGAGAUACACCUAAACGAACCCAUUGCAGCUUCUUUUAAACAAGUUGUCAUUAACUGUUUUUAGAAUUAGACAUGCAGAAGUUCAAUUCCCCCGGUACGCACGGCAACACGCUACCCCGCGACGCGGAGCUCCAGCUGCGGUUAGCGGACAGUGCAGGGGCCGGGGACGGAAAGGAGAACGGCGGGGGGAAGCAUUUCCUCUCCCAACCUGAGGAGGAAAGCUCGCUUUGCACCAAGAGGAGGAUGCUUGUCUGUUUGGAUGUAAUAUGCCUUUUUGUUGCCUCCAUCCCAUUCUUUGCGUGUGAGUUGAAGGCAGUGACUCCGUACAAGCGAGGCUUCUUCUGUGGAGACUCCAGCAUCACCUAUCCCUACGUGGAGAGAGAGGCCAUUCCUGACAGCCUGCUCAUUGCUGGUGGUAUAGCCAUCACUGGCCUAACGAUUGCACUGGGUGAAUGCUACCGCGUGCGUUUCCGAGGUGUGUACUCACGGGCUUUUGUAAGAAACUGCUAUGUGUCAUGCCUGUACAAGGAGCUGGGAAGCUUCCUGUUUGGGUGCUGUGUGGGUCAGUCUCUCACUAACAUGGCCAAGCUAAGUGUGGGACGCCUGCGACCUAACUUCCUGUCUGUCUGUAACAUUACCUAUGCGUCCAUCAACUGCUCUCCAGGCAGCUAUGUGUCAGAGGACUAUUGCAGACAGCUUAAUCCCAAAAUGGUGGAGGAAGCAAGGAAGUCUUUUUUUUCCGGCCAUGCCUCCUUCGCAAUGUACACCAUGCUCUACUUGGCAUUCUACCUGCAGGCGCGGUUGUCGUGGCGAGGGGCUCGCCUGUUGCGCCCGCUAGUACAGUUCCUGUUAGUGAUGAUCGCCGUCUACACAGGCCUCAGCCGCAUCUCUGACUACCGUCACCAUCCUACUGAUGUCCUCACAGGCUUCAUCCAAGGAGGGCUCACUGCAUACUGGGUGGCCUUCUACAUCUCCUCCAUGUUUAAGCCCUGCACCCAUACAGACCUGUCUCCCACAAGCAUGUCCCUGGAGAGUCCACUGUCCAGCCAGCAAACUGUCUGUUAGCAGGCACAUGCAACCAUUCCAAGGGUCAGAAGAUAAGACGAACUUCAGAAAGACAGGGAAAAUGUUAGAUAGGGAAACAUUUUUAAGGAAAGGGAAUCAUUCUAAGAGAAGGAUGUGAUUAAAGAGUACAAUCUAACAAAUGGCAUACUGAUACACAUACAUUCACACAGUAAUCUAUCACACACUCACACGUGAAACACAAAAAGCACAUUUGACUGUAAGUCAAACCCGUCCAGUGAAAAGAACUGCAUAGUAAUAUUACAGUUAUUUUUUUAUAUAUGAAAAAAAGCCUAUUUUUAGGAGAACUUUUAGAAGCUGCUAAUGUUAAUAGUUUUUUUUAGUCAGUGCAGUUUGUAAGCUUUGAAAGCAGACCUGGUCACUCUUUGGUCCUGGGUGAGAGGGGAGAAAAAACGCCAGCCUCCUUUGGUUUCUUCUCUUGAAACACAUCACCCAACAGCAGUGAACUGAGACUGUUAGACCUCAGAUGUGAAAAUAGCUCUGUACCAAGUGAUAAGGAACAAGCUCUGGCUUAAACUUUUAACCAUCUUUACCUUCUGAUGAUGCCCCUCAAAAAGUAUUUGAGCUUUGAUACAACAAUAUCUUUCCUCUUUGUGUAACCAAGGUAGAAAUACAGAGGAUUCUGACCCAAUAACGUACCCUUCCCACCACUACUACUUCUCUGUACUAACCACUUUGGCUGUGUCUCAGAGGGUCAGGUUUUGACUGAAAUUUUGUAACCUUUGAUCUUUGCCCCUGGACUCCAAUCUCUGAGCUGCACCUUGAUUUAUGCCACUCUGACAGGAGAGCCGACAUGGCUGCAACCUCAGCCGCCCUCCUGUGGAUCUUUAUUAAUAGCACUUGAACGUACAUAAUGGAACCUUCUAAUUAUAAUCCAUAUUAUAUAUUUUAUCACAUGUUUGAAUAAUCAGUGUUUAUUUUUUGUUAAUGUCAGACUCAUACACUAUAUUUGUUUGUUUUUCUUUAAAUGAUAAUUAUUCAAACUGAAUGUAAAUAGCUAUGUCCUUUUAUAAACCACACAGAAUUUCGAAAGUAUUAGUUCCAGUUAUGGACAGUUUUACAUGUUUAUUAAGUGUAUGUAUUUACAUUUGUGUCAAUCAGGUACAGAGAGUUACUAUUGUAUCUGUUGUAACUAUACUAGACUGAGCCACAGAUAUUAUCAGAAAGCUAUAUUUUUGUGUUCCCAGUUAUUAUUGUUUGUUUUGUCUGUGAAUGCCAGAAAGGCAGAAAUAACCACUGUACUCAAAAAAGACCAAACCAAUAAAAUGAAUGUUGAAUGUA